CGUCCCGCCGCCGCCGGUUCUUAAAGGGGCAGGCACCCCCCCUGCGCCCCAUCCCCCCCCGGCCCGGCGGCGGCUGCCCUGGCCCGCCGUGGCCGCCCGGCCGCCCCGCGCCGCGGAAAACAAAGAGGCACCGGAAACAGCGGCGGCGGAGAGGGGGCCGGCCCGGCGGGGGGCGGGAGGCGGGAGGGAGGGCCGGCGGCGGGCGGGCGGAGGGGCAGGCCCGGGCCCGGCGUCGGCGAACAAAGAGCGGCGGGAGGGGGCGGGGGUGCCGCAGCGGCACCGGAGCGGCGGCCCAGGCCAUCGGUGCAGCAUCCAAGGUGCUGGUGUCUUGCCCUACCUGGAGCCUGAGGUCCCGUGUGCCCAUCCGCCUCCCGACGUCACCAAUGCGACCAUGGGAACUGGCAGUGAAUAGGCGGCCGCCCUCUGCCCCUUUUAACCAGCGCCGUUUCUCGGGGGGACCCUGCAGCAGCCCCGACCAUCUCCAGCGAAGCCCCCCUGCCAGGCGUCAGUGGGGACGACGCGACCGACCUCUGGCAACUCUGCUGGGCCAGGAUGAGCCCCAGCUGCACCCUGCCUUCCCCCAGCAGCCGCACAUCCCUGUAGAUGAGCCCCGUGCCUACGCUCUCCCCAGCACGCCGCCACGAAUGCUUCACCCAGCCGCUCACCCACCCCACCAGAACCCAUUCAUGGUGGAUCUGCAUGACCAGGUGCACCAGGGACCUGUCCCUCUCUCCUAUACGGUUACCACCGUCACGACGCAAGGCUUCCCCAUCCACGCCGGCCAGCACAUCCCUGGGUGCAGCACCCAGCAGCUCCCAGCAUGCUCAGUGAUGUUCAGUGGACAGCACUACCCGCUCUGCUGCCUCCCGCCCCCGCUGAUCCAGGCAUGUGCCAUGCAACAGCUUCCCGUCUCCUACCAGACGUUCCCCCCCAUCAUCUCCAGCGACCACUACAUCCUGCACCCUCCGCCGCCGCCAGUGCCCCCACACCAGCCGCCCCACAUGGCCCCCCUGGGGCAGUUUGUACCUCUCCAAGCCCAGCAUCCGCGCAUGCCUCUGCAGAGGAUAGACAAUGACGUGGACCUGCGAGGGGAGCAGCACCCCAUUGCGGGCUUCACGUACCCCCCGUCCCACCACGCUCCCACGCUGUCCCCCUCUGUGCCGCUGCAUUACCUCCCCCACGACCCACUGCACCAAGAACUGCCAUUUGGCGUGCCAUACCCCCACAUGAUGCCCCGGCGGCUGAACACCCAGCGGUACCGGCUGCAGCAGCGCUGCCCCCCCCCGCCCCCCCCGCCGCCGCCCCCCCCGUACUACCCGAGCUUCCUGCCCUACUUCCUCUCUAUGCUUCCUGUGUCGCCGACAGCCGUGGGGCCCACGAUCAGCCUAGACCUGGACGUGGAUGAUGUGGAGAUGGAGAAUUACGAGGCGCUGCUGAACCUGGCCGAGCGGCUGGGGGAGGCCAAGCCGCGGGGACUCACCAAAGCAGACAUCGAGCACCUCCCGUCCUACCGCUUCAACCCUGAGAGCCACCAGUCUGAGCAGACCCUGUGCGUCGUGUGCUUCAGCGACUUCGAGGCCCGGCAGCUUCUCCGCGUCCUGCCCUGCAACCACGAGUUCCACGCUAAGUGUGUCGACAAAUGGUUAAAGGCAAACCGCACGUGCCCCAUCUGCCGGGCAGACGCGUCGGAGGUGCAGCGGGAGGCGGACUGAGGCUGGCAGGCGCUGUGCCGCACAAUUCGUUAGAGGAUGAGGACACGCCGGGCCAGGGGCGGGGGCCGCUGCCCGCUGCUAGGGCCUGACCCUGCGCUUACCCCUCCUCCCCAAAGCCUCUCCUCGGAUGUGGUGAGCAUUGAGCAGUCCGGGCUCCCGGCCAGCCCUCCUCCUCCCCGCCGGGGCACGGACUCGACCCGGACGCCUGCCCGCUGCGCUCCCAGGGCCCCGAAUCGUGUUGUGCUGGAGGCGGGAGGCACGUGGCCGUGCCCUCCCGUGCUCCAAAGACGCUGUUGUUCCUCCAUCACUUUCCAGGUCUUUGUACUCUGCUAGGGAAUUAGUGUUUUUUCCCUUUGUCACUCACUUUUUUUGGUUUUUUGUGGUAGGGUUCCCUCCCCUCCACCUCCGUUUCCUUUUCCAUCACGUUUUUUGGUUCUGUGGCCGUUUGACCCAGUGAUGUGCGGGCGGCUCCUCCCCUCGGCAUUGCUUGCGGAGGAUGCGGGGAGGAGAGAGGAGGGAGCGCUGCAGGUUUGGUGCCGGCAGCACCCUGAGCCGGGCAGCCGGAGGAGGUGGCUGGCAGAGCGUGGCCAAGGUGGGACACCAGCAGCCCCGCAGCGUGGCCGGAGCAGGAACGCCUCCAGCCCCGCUCCCGCACGCAGCCCGGCGCAGCCCCUCUCCCACCUCAGCUGCCCUGGGGAGCCCCGGAGGGUCCUGGCUGAUUGGGGUCUUUCGCCGGUGGGAGGCCGGUGCUGGCACGGCCCCGGCCCCUCUCCCUGUUCAUUCCCCAUGGCCGGCCAGCACAGCGACCAGGACUGGGCCUGUGUGGCAUCCCGCGAGGCAGCCAGGGCCUGGGGCAGGGGGGGGGGACCUGGCAGCCGUGGGCAUGCAGUGUCCCCAGUGUGCCGCCUGGCCCCGGCUCCCGCUGUUGUUUCUCUGUCCCACCGCCAUAAAUCAAAAUGGCCCCACGCCCCCGUCCUGCUGGCUGGACGGCACGGUGUGCUGGGCAGCGGGGGCCGUCUGGGCUGCGGUGGGUGCCCCCGGCCCCGCAGCAAGGGGGGGUGUUUAUCUGUAACCUCAUGGUGUAUUUUCAGUGCUGCCCCGGCUGGCGCGGGGGGAGCUGUGAGUAGCCCCUGCCGCCGUAUCCUCCCGGCCGCACGGGGCUGGCCGGGCGGGUGCCCCGUUGGUGCAGGCCCGGGGAGAGAAGCCACCGUCGCCCGGCUCCAGCAAUCCCGCGUGGCCGUUGUUUUGCAUGAUUAAUUAGCGAGGAGGGUGACGGGAGGCGGUGGCAGGCGGUGGCGGAGGGUAGCGGUGAGAGGCCCACCCUCCCCUCGCGGUGCGCGUUGCCGACGCCUGGGAGCCUCCGAGCGCGGACGCCAGCCCUAUGUAAAUGUUCACAAAUAUGCAUGCAUGUCUGACCAGCUUGGAACGUGGUCUUGGCUACGUCUAGCCGGCUGUGGGGUGAGGGGGGGUGGGGAGAGGGGUUUUCGUGCUCAGCUGAUACUGCCAUGCACUGUACUGCACAUGUCCGCAACGCCACAGCAGGACCGUGAGACUUUCAGGGCCGUCCCCGUGGGGUCUGCGCCCCUCCGAGCGGGAGGCGGCGGCAUGGGGGGCGCCCGCGGUGGCGGCGUGUGCAAGGGGACGGGGUGGGAAGGGGGGGCCGCUCCCCGCGGGGCGGGGGGCAGGCGGCGGGGCUGGCCCCCGGCAUGGCCUUGGCCGCCUCGUCGGGGCUGGGUGUGAGGCGAGGGGCCGCGCCCAGCAGGUGGGUGGGCGGGACGGUUCUCCCUGCGCUGCCACGCCAUAGGCCCGGGGAGCAGUGCCCGUCACUGCGCCGCUGAGGUAGGCCUGCUCCUGAUUGGCAGAGGGCUGCGCGCCGCCUCCGCCAAUCGCAGGCCACUCGCAGCACACUGGUGGGCUGGGCCCAGUCUCUACCCAGCCAGUCAGCUGCGCGGGGUCAGCGAGCGGCGUGUCGCUAUUGGCUGGCUCCCCCUUGCCUCCCUUUUCACAGCCUCCCCGGCGGCCGCCCUCCGGUGCAAAAUGUUGAGGCCGAGGGCCCUGGCCCGGCACCACCAGCUCCGCCGUGGCGUGGGCGCUGGCACCGCUGGGCUCGGUGCCCCUUGGGCAGGACCCCGGCCCCCUCCCCGUCCCUCACUCAGUGACAGAUAACCAAAGGAGUCCCCGUGCCGCGCGGCGGCCUCGCGCCCCCGGAGACGCCCCCCUCCUCCCCUCCCGCCCUCGCGGUGCCCAGGGAGCCAGGAAAGCCUUACGGUCCUUUGACGGCGACUCGAAAGCUCACAGCUCGUGUGCUGCAGAAUUUAUUCCAAUGAGCAGCUAAAAGUAUCAUUUAAAAAAAAAUAACAAAAAGAAAAAAUUACAAAAAAAAUACUAAAAAACAAUUAUUUAGGGUGUUUGUGAUUGCUGACUGCGCUGUAGAUACCACUGUUUACCAAUGAUUUCCUGUGGUGGGAUAGUGGACUGUUUACUGUUCUAUUAUACCAGUCCCUGGGCCCUCCGGUGGGACCCCCGCGGCCCCCGCGGCUCCCCGGAAGGUGCUAGGACGUGUGUUCUGUGUUAGAAAGUUUUUAUAUAUAUAUAUAUAUAUAUAUAAAUAUAUAUAUAUAAUUUUUUUUGCUCUGUUACUUGCACAUUUUACAGUUACCUCAUUUUUCCCAUGUAUGUAUUUGAAAAAAGGCUAAUAUAUAGAAAAAAAAAGGUUCUUAAAGCUCUAAAAGUGUUUGUUUUUUUUCCAUUCCAUUGGAAUCAUAUUGGUUUUGUAGCAUUUAACAUAACUAGUAUGUUGUAUUAUAUAUAUGUGUAUUAUACUGAUUGAAAUUUUUAACAGAUUUGUACUUUUUUUAAAAUGAAAGUUGCUAGUUCUGCUUGACCAAGUAGUGCAAUCAUUAUUUUUUUUAAUGUUGUGGCUGAUUUUGAGAGGGAUAUUCACUAAUAAAUGUAUGAUGUAUACCAACA